GCAGCAGCCAUAUGGUAUGAUGGAGACUAUGAAGAGAGCAGAGAUCGAUACAACGGCACCGUUUAAAACCGUCAAAGAAGCCGUAGCUUUGUUUGGCGAGAGAGUCUUAGCUAGUCAAGUCUAUUCCAACCAUCUCAAAGUGAUGGAGGGCGAGACGUUUGAGGAUCAAGCAAAGAUUGAGACAGAGCUUGAAGAGACAAAACACAAUCUCAAAAGAGCUAAAGAAGAAAGCAUACAAAUGAGAAACUCUUUGUCUUCUCUCAAGGAAGAACUUGAAAGGACAAGACAAGAGCUUCAGAAGCUGAGAGUAGUUCCUCAUGAUCAACCAGUAACUAAAGUCGAUGAUACUGUUUUCAAAACAAAGUUCGAAGUGUUGGUUCCUGAUGAUGGAACCAUUAGUACAAGUCCAAGGUUGAGAUCGAUGAGUGAGAAGAGAUACGUGAAAUUUGCAAACCCUACGACGGGUAAUAAUAAUGGUCCGGUGGUGGAUAUCUUUCUUGAGAGACACCCUUCGAUGAGAAAGAAGGAGAAGAUGGCGAAGACAACGAAGAAGAAGAGUUUGAUCCCUUUGUUCAUUGGAGGAAUUUUCUCAAAGAAAAAGGUUUUGCAAUGAAACAACUUUGUUUAUAAAAUUUUCUUCUCUUUUCUCGUGUGUUUUGUUUUGGUUAUGAUAAUAAUGUCAUAUGUAUGACCUUUUUCGUAAAUGGUUCUUGAAUAUCCUUCUUCAAAUAAAUAAAACUUAAUAUUGGAACGC